AUGUCGGGCUCCUUCGAAAAGUCCGUCAAGGGCGCAACCAAGAUCAAAAAUGCACCGCCCAAGACGAAAUAUAUCGAACACAUCCUCGUGGCCACGCACUCAGGCGAUGCUGGCGUAGGUGAAGUCUUUCGUUCAUUACAAUACCGGUUGCGCGACUCGACAUGGACAGUGGUGCUCAAGAGCUUGCUCACCACGCACAUUAUGAUGCGAGAGGGCGAGAAGAAUGCGACUCUAUCGUUCCUCGCCAAGCAUCGUAACAUUUUGACCGUGGGGCAUUUUGCCGAUGAGCGAGCACGGGCAUUUCGCGACACCAAGAUCGACUGGGUCCGCGAGAAUGAUUCGCGACUAGAGAAAUUAGCUGUUGAUAAGGGUCUGCUCCGGGAGACUGAGGUUGUCGAGAACCAAUUGUCGGCUCUGGUCAAGUGUGAUGUCCUCGAAACCGAACCUGAAAACGAAAUCACUAUUGCAAUCUUCCGGUUGUUGGUCUUGGACCUGUUGUCUUUGUUUCAAGUGCUCAAUCAGGGUCUCAUAAACGUAUUAGGACACUUCUUUGAGAUGUCCAAGACGGAUGCCCAGAGAGCUUUGGAAAUUUAUCGCACGUUCACGCGAGUGACCGACCAUGUUGUGCAGUAUCUCAGUGCCGCUCGCAUGCAUGAACACCAUACGAGAGUCGAAGUCCCCAAGCUCAAGCACGCCCCAGUCACUUUGGCUCGUCAACUAGAGGAUUAUCUCAAGGACCCUGAUUUUGAGGUUCACAGACGACAGUAUCUCGCUGAGCAGGAUGCAAAGAAGACGGGGGGGUCUUCUAAAGCGGCGAAGGUUGACUUCCCCAAGUCGCCUACCAAGCCAGCUUCGCCAAAUUUGAACAACCCCUUCCCCUCUGUUCCGGAUGCCAAAUUCGACGGCAAACCACAAGCCAACAAGGGCCCGGAUCCUGAUCUUAUCGACUUUUUCGACUCGAUUGAGCAAAAGCAGACAACUUUGCAGGUCAACCCGCAGCCAACUGGCAUCAUGCCUGCCGCAGCACCCUUCCAGGCGCAGCCCACGGGUAUGCCAUUUCCUCAAAAUGGCUUUGCGCCGCAGCAAACCGGUUUUGUACCCAACAACAUGUUCCAACAGCAACAGAAUAUGAGUGGAUUCAUGCCGCAGCAGCAGCCGCAGCCGCAACUGCAACAGCCUCAGCCUCUGCAACCCAACUUCACCGGCGCUGGAUUCGGAGGCUUCACACCGCAGCCAAGCUUUCAGCCCGGUACUCUUGGGUCAAUUCCCCAGAAUCUAGAGGCCACAUUCCUCAACCCAAACCAAGGUUUCCAGUAUGGGCAACAACAGCAGCAGCCGCAACAACCUCAAUCCUUGCAAGCCGGUCAGGCAAACCCCCUUCAGCUAAAUCCUCUUCAGCCAGCACCCACAGGCACGACCAACCCGUUCAGGCAAUCAAUGAUGCCACUAGCCAGCAUGCCAGGCAGCUCAUCGCCAUUCUCCUCACCCGGUCCAAUGCCCCAAGUGCAACGCCAGUCUACGAACCCGUUCGCUCGAUCUCCUACACAAAGCACAUCGCCUUUCCAGUCCGCAAUCCCUAUCCAGGCCCAACCUACAGGAACCAACCCCUUUGCUAAAAUGCAACAACAACCGCAACAAGUCCCGCCUCCAGACCAGUCUCUUAAUCCAGGUCCUCUCGGUCCCCAACCAACAGGGACCACAAACCCCUUCCGCCACAGCGCGUUCGUCAACCACAAUACCGGCAUGGGGUGGCAGCAUAACCAGGCCAGUAUCGGCGGCGGGCUGGAUCAACUCCCUACUGUCCCUGUAUUCCCUCGUCCCGCGCAACAAACGCCCUGGCAGCAAUAA